AUGGACGCUUAUCUCCUUGAGUCCGGCGGCCAGGUUCCGCCUUAUCAUGUCGUCUCUCAGGUCUGGGGCGAUAUUCAGGAGCACUUGUGCCUGGCAGGCAUCUUAUGGGAAGUCCCCAUCAGCAACAGUCACAAAUGGGACGCCAUUUUGUCCUUUUGCAGGACGAAAGGCGUCAGAUGGCUGUGGAUGGAUGUCUUGUGCAUCAAUCAAACCCCGGAGAGCAAAGACGCACAGGCUGAGAAGGCCCGCGAGAUCCCCAAUAUGAGCCACUACUACCGGAAUGCUGUGGCGUGCCUUGUUGUUCCGACAGACCACGACACUUUCUCCCACUCCUACUCGGGCGAUGAUCCUGCGAUUCCACCUUGA